UAUGACAGAUCUAACCAGACGAAACAUUUUGGCAGAGCGACGAAGAUUUGAGGUCCAAUUUUGUUGUUGUAAUUAUCAAGAUGGCUAUGAAUGACAGCUUGGACACCGACUCAGACUUUCCUAUUGCAGUUGAUGCCGAUACUAAGUUUCCUUGUAAAGCUUGGGAGCGUUUACUUGUCAAGACAAAAUACGAGUACAUACCACCUAAAGACCGUCUUGACUCGGACACUCCAGUGAGUGCUGACUGUGUGCGUGUUGUCUGUAUAUCCGACACCCAUUCUAAAAUAGAAGUCCAGGAUCCCAAAACGAUACCAUAUGGGGAUAUUUUACUGCAUGCAGGGGACUUCACCAUGAAGGGAGAACCUAAUGCUGUCCAUAAGUUUAACACUUUUUUAGGUCAAUUGCCUCACAAGCACAAAAUUGUGAUAGCUGGAAACCACGAGAUAUCAUUUGAUGACAACAUCAUGAGCAAAGAUCACUUAGACCCUAUGUUUGGUUCCAUGAACAAAUAUGUGAAUGAGAUGUCAGAUUUGGAAGUUAAAAGUGUGAAAGACUUACUGACAAAUUGUAUAUACCUAGAAGAUUCUAUGGUCAGCCUGUAUGGGAUCAAUAUCUAUGGAUCCCCAUGGCAGCCAGCAUUUGGGGGAUGGGGAUUUUGCCUACCCCGAGGAGAGGCUCUCCUAGAGAAAUGGAAGCAUAUACCAACAAACACAGACAUACUGAUGACACAUGGCCCUCCUGUGGGUUACGGAGAUGUCGUAAAGGGAGGUAAUCAUGUUGGGUGUGUAGAGCUUCUGAAUGUUGUACAGAAGGUAGUGAAGCCCAAGUACCAUGUGUUUGGACAUAUACACGAGGGAUAUGGAGUGUCAACAGAUGGAUGUACAACAUUUAUCAAUGCCUCCACUUGUACAACGAGAUACCGACCCUCCAAUCCUGCAGUUGUCCUUGACUUCCCUCUACCCAGUGGGCAUAGCAAGGAGGAGGACCCUAUCAUCAUUCACACAAAAGUGCCACAAGAUCUGACCGCUGGCAGAAAGAAGAAAAUGUCCUCCGCCAAAUCUAGAGUAAAUAGUGCAUUGUACCCUGGGAACAACAAGUGUAAUGUGUAAAGAAAGAUUCAUUUUUUAUAGCCCCCGCAAUGAAGUUAGGGGGAGUAUACUGGAAUCAGGUUGUCCGUCCGUCCGUCCGUCCGUCUGUGGACGCAAUGUAGUACUGUGUACUCCUUCUAAACUACUUGAUGGAUUUCAAUGAAAUUUGUUGAUAACAAUUCAUGCAGCUUGGAGAUGGGCGUAAAGUACUUUUCAUUGGGUUAUCUCCCCUUUUCACGACA